AUGACCGAUUUUUUGAGAAAUUUGCCGAAACCCAAGCGGAACCCUUAUGAGUAUGAGGAAGAGGAAGAAAUAAAAGAAGAUGCAGAAUGUGUAAAUGACAACAAUGGUGGAUUUAUGCCAAAAGGAAAGAAAGGAAUGCAAAUUAAAAGAGAAGGGGGGAAAAAUGAAUGUUAUGAAUAUCUGAAGAGAAAACAUCUGAGGAUUACAUCUAAUGAAGAUUUUCGAGAUGGUGGAGCAUACCCAGAAAUCCAUAUCAAUCAAUAUCCAAACAAUAUGGGAAUGAAAAACAAGAGUGGAAAAAAUAAUGUAGUGUUAAAAUACUUGGAUGAUAAUAAUAACGUUAAAUAUGAUAACCUAAUAAAUGAAGAUGUACAUAUUUAUAACAAUAACAUAGAGGCAACUGAACCAAAUGAAAGAAUUCAAAAAUUAAGAAAAAAAAAAAUUCUUUCAGAUGCUACUGACCGAGAAGAGAAGUUUAAUGAACAAGCUAUUUACAAACCAGACGAAGAAGAAGAAAAUGAAAUUAUAAAUAAUACCAAAAAAAACAUUGAAAACAUGUUAAAUGAAAAAUUAAAUAAAAGUAUAGUAAAUAAAAAAGAUGAUAAAUUUUUUAGAUAUAUCCCUCAAAAUAAACUUAACAAACAUUUAGAAGAAAGAAUCAUAAAAGUUGUACAUAAAAGCACAGAUCCUUUAGAUGUUUCCAAAUUUAAACAUAAAAAAUUACCAAAUGUAAAAAAUUCACCUGAUUAUCCUUUGUUAAGAUCUCCCACAAGAAAAAUUAACAAAGAAGAAGAAGAAAAUUGGAAAAUACCUCCUUGUGUUUCAAAUUGGAAAAAUAACAAGGGGUAUAAUAUUCCAUUAGAUAAAAGAAUCCAAAGUGAUAAUAAAAAAUUAAACCAAGUUGAAAUAAAUGAAAAUUUUGCACAUUUAAGUGAAUAUCUGUACGUUGCUGAAAAAAAGGCUAGGGAAGAAAUAAAAAUGAGAAAUAGUAUUAUCAAACAGAAAAAAUUAAAAGAAAAAGAAGAAAAAGAAAAUGUUCUUAAAAAUCUAGCCAUACAAGCCAGAAAAGAAAAAGGGCUAGCGCAAGCACAACAAAGUUCCAUAAUUAAUGAACGAAAGAGAGAAAUUGAAAGAGAAUACCGAAUCGAAAAAAAUCUCAAAAAACUAAAGAAUUAUGAAAAUAGACUAAUAGAAGAACAAAUUGCACUAAAUAAAGUUAAUGUCAGCAAAAAUAAUAACAUACAUGAUAUUAGUCUAUUUAAUAUAAAUAAUGAAAAUGAUAAAGACAAAAAUAAUAAUCCAACCUCACAUGAUGAUGAUAUGUACCAAAUUUAUGACACCUCUCUUUUCAACUCCAAACCGAAUAAUAAUAUUUACAAAUUUUCAAACGAAAGGGUCAAAAAAACAUUGCAAAAAAUGGAAACAACACAGAAUACUGAACCAGUCAAAUUUAUUAAAGAUAUCUCGGAUCCCUUUGGCUUGGACAGUUUGCUUUCUCAGGCCAAGAAAAAAUAG